GAGGCGCGCUCGGUAGGCGAGGCCUGCAGCACAGCACAGCACAGCACAGCACAGCUCGCAUUUCCCGGUCGCUCCGGCACGUGUGCGCACGUCAGCCGCUUCAGCACCACGGACAGCGGAUGCGCAGCGCAGCGCAGCGCAGCCGAACUGCCUGCCUGCCUGCCUGCCUCCCUCCUCGCCGUUGUGGAUGUUGCACCGAGCGCGGUAUACCGGAAGAAGAAGCCAUAUUCGUCUGAACCCAAAGUCAUCCAUUUCAGCGGUGGCUGUCUCUUUUGUGGGCUCCGGACUCGGCGCGCAUCCCUGAUGAGUAGCGUCGCUCCGCUUCUUUUUUUUUUUUUUUUUUGGGGCGUUUCGUCCGGCUGUCGUCGCAAGGAGCAGAGGAUGAUGACGAGAUGAUGCACUCUCACGCGCCGCUUUUCUGCUCCUUUUCGCCGCCCCGAUGCGAUCUGAUUUAAAAUGCAAUCGCGCUGGAUCUUGAACUCGGGCUACACGCCGAACGGGGGCCACUGGGCCGAGAACAGCGGAGAAUGCACGCGCCCGUGAUGCGCUGACGGUUUGGACUGCGUCGAAUUCGCCGCUGCGUUCUUUUGCACACCCAUGUGGAUAUGAGCCUGGAAUUCCCAGUCGCGGCACCGGAGACGUGCUAUUGAUAACGGCUCUUUUUUUUAUCUUCCUCCUUCCCCCCCUUAUCUCCUACCCCCCACCCCCCCCCUCCCAGCACCCCGCUCGGAUCUGCGGAUUAUCCCCCCAGCAGAGCCCCCUUUAUCGCGCCUUAUCCUCUCUUUACGUGCGUGCGGUGACAGAGUCGCCGUCUUUUUUUUUUUUUUUUUUUUUUGCACUUUUGCGCAAGUGGCCCUAUUGUGCAGCCGUGGCCCUGGCAUUUUGCACACGCCGAUGUGCCGGGGGGACUCGCUCGAGUAGCGGGGCUUUUUAUUUUUCGCGUCUUCUGAUGCGCCCGGGGCAUCCGCUGCUCCUGCCAUCCCUCUCGUGAUUUUUUUUAAAAUUUUUUUUUUAUUGUCACUCCACUUCGGAUUGUCGCGUUAACGAUGUUCAAGUAUCGGAUCCGCAUGUUUUUUAACGAGCUCAAGGUCCUGGUUUUGAUGCGCUCUGGCUCGAGGCAGGCCGACCCCGACACGGACACUGACCGGCGGAGCGCCAUGCGAGGAACGAGCGGAUGCGGCUGGCCGCCUUUCAGCGACUGCUCGUCCCGGGACGACGAUGAGGAGUACUACGGCCGCGAGCCUCGCCCGAGGAGCCUGGCAUUCGAGGAGCGGGACACCAAAGUGCAGGUCGGACUGGACGGGGUGUCACUGGGCAGCAGUCCGGAGAGUGGCAUGCGGACCCCGCAGUGUCGGAUCUGCUUCCAGGGUCCUGAGCAGGGGGAGCUCCUGAGCCCAUGCCGAUGUGACGGUUCUGUUCGCUGCACACACCAGCCCUGCCUGAUCCGGUGGAUAAGUGAGAGGGGCUCCUGGAGCUGUGAGCUCUGCUACUUCAAGUACCAGGUCCUGGCCAUCAGCACCAAGAACCCCCUUCAGUGGCAGGCCAUCUCCUUGACGGUGAUUGAGAAGGUGCAAAUCGCCGCAAUAAUCCUGGGUUCCCUGUUUCUCAUUGCUAGCAUCUCCUGGCUCAUCUGGUCCUCACUGAGCCCGUCGGCAAAGUGGCAGCGCCAGGACCUGCUCUUUCAGAUCUGCUAUGGAAUGUAUGGCUUCAUGGACAUUGUCUGUAUAGGUCUCAUCAUCCACGAAGGCUCCUCAGUCUACCGGAUUUUUAAACGCUGGCAGGCAGUCAACCAGCAGUGGAAGGUACUGAACUAUGAAAAGGCCAAGGACCUGGGGGAGGCCCUGAGUGGCUCUAAUAAGGCAGCUGGGGGUCGCGGUUCACGGAGCGGACACCCCUCGGCCAACGACAGGAGCGGCCGACGAGGACAGCGUGUUAGGACUAUUCUCAACCACCACUGUGGCUACACGAUCCUGCACAUCCUGAGCCACCUGCGGCCCAGCGAGCACCGGCUGAGCGGCAGCUCCAACCGCGAGGUGGUCAUGCGGGUGACGACGGUAUGAGGACUGAGCCAGCAGCAGGGACUGGACUCGGUGGGGAGCGGGCCCCACGCCUCCGAGCCGCCUUCUAGAGUAUUGCUCUUUGGUUUAUUUUUUAAAUAAAGCAUCCAAAAGCAGAGGCAAGGGGAAGGUGUCUUGAGUUGAGGAGUGGACCAUGGCAGACCCAGCGACAGCUGAUGGGCACGGGUAUGUCCUCCUCUUCCUCUCUGCCUGGCGAUCUUCUCUUCUUGGUUUUGGGGAAAAA